AUGCAGUUCAAGACCAUCGCCCUCGCAUUUUUCGUCAGCCUUGCGCUCAGCGCCCCCGCUGAGAAUGCUGGCAAGGAGGAACGUGCUGCACAAGCUUGCCCCAACGGUUGGGCGUACUGCGGCGAAUGCAACGGUACUUCCUGCAAGGUCGCUGCAACCAACCACCCCUGCAAGCAAGGCACGAAGUGCACUGGAGAGGGCGGCGGUGACGGUGCUAUCUGCGGAUCUGACACAAUCGACUUUGACAACGCGUUUGAGUGUCCCGUUAAGGCGCGGUUUGAGCUCGCCCCUGCUAGAAAUUUCCUAAUCAAAUUGUCUCUCUAUAAUCUAUUCUGA